AUGUCUGACGAACCUUCCAUCAUUCGACCCCGUCCGCGACGAGUGUUCGACCUCGCGCCCCCUUCCACCGACUCCUCCGAGACUUCGACGCCGGCGGAACCCUCAAACCCGGAUCUCUUGACCCCCAAGGAUGCCGGGUCAACCAGCGUCAGCAGGAAUGGCUCAAUCAUGAACCUCACAUCCCCAACGCUCUUCGGCAUCUAUUCGCCGACGGCUUUCGAGGGAACCCGAGAUGAAUCCAGCCCUUGGGGAACCGAGGCUCAGACGCCUGCCACGGAGGCGCCGAAUCCUCUUCAACAAACGAAAUCGGAUGGCCCAGAUCGUUUUGCUCUUCAACGGACACGGUCGCGGCUCAGUCACGGGCUCUUUCUCGGUGUCAUUCUCCCCCAAGCGGUGAAGAGCGCGCUCCUGUUUGGGUUCGGUAUUGUCUACGGCAUCAUUACAAUUCAUCUGCACGAAAACCACUGGAUCACUCCGGUGAAGCUAGAAAACACCCAUUACUACGGGUCCGCCGAAUACCUGGCCUUCUGGGGGUUGGCCGGAAUUGCGUUGGGAAAUAUUCUGCCGUGGCUUGAUCUCUUCUCGGAGGAAGUGGCAACGGGUCAUGCGCAACCCACGCAGCGAUCGAGCAGCAAUGAGGACGACGAGGAGCGUACCCUCUCGUGGGUUGCAGUGGUUCGGAGCGUAGGGGCUUUUGUUGGGAUAGCAUUUGCGAUGCGGAGACUUCCCUGGCAAUCCACCACCCAAGCGUCGGCGACUCUUGCUCUUGUCAACCCCGUCCUCUGGUAUCUGAUUGACCGCACCAAAACCGGCUUCGUUAUGUCGACCACGGUCGCUCUGGUGGGAAUGGGUGUCGUCUUGGGACUUCGGCCGGACUUGGUGCCUCCCUCUGCCAACUCCUCCGUGCCUACAAUCCCCGUUUUGAACAAUACUCUCCGGGAGUACGGGUUGACGACCGGCAUCACGCAGGAAGGCAUCGCAGUCCGCACCUGGGUGGCGAGUGUUCUCUUCUGCGCAUGCGUGUGCUUUGGUAACAUUGGCCGUCAAUGGGCCAUUGGGAGCCGCCGAGAGCACUUGAAGACAUAA